AUGGCUUUCAGCAUUAAAUUAGUAAAAGGGGAAGGUUUAUCAAACCUCAAAGUGGAUCGACGACAGGGGAAGCGGCCAUUUCAAUAUUCCGAUCAUGAAUCGGAAGCGAAAGAAGAAACGGCCGGCGCUGAGGAGGUGGAUGUUGAUCCUAUAUUUCCGGUCUAUUCUGCUAGGUCUCAACAAGACAUGAACGCUAUGGUUCAUGCCCUAGCUCAAGUUAUUGGAAACAAUAACAGUAACCCUCUUCUUCAACUUCAUGAUGAUCAACAUCCAAACCCCACUGCUCAACAAAACCAAUCUCAUCAACAGCCUCAACCUCAAGAUCAGGGGAACGCCAGGAGAAGACACUAUAGAGGAGUAAGACAAAGACCAUGGGGGAAAUGGGCGGCCGAAAUUCGUGACCCGAAAAAGGCAGCUCGGGUUUGGCUUGGAACGUUUGAAACAGCUGAAGCAGCGGCCUUAGCUUAUGAUGAUGCAGCACUUAGGUUUAAAGGAAGCAAAGCAAAGCUUAACUUCCCUGAAAGAGUUCAAGGAAGAUUAGAAUCCAGUUAUCUAACAACAACUCGUCAAGAACUGGAACGGACGGAGGCGCCACCUCAUCUGCCACCAACCUAUCCUAAUAUUUCUCAGUACGCGCAGCUCCUCAGCGGUGGCUUACCCAAUACUGCUUUCAACUACGCCAUGCCAAGUGGCGCUGCCUAUGGAUCCUGGCCAGCUUUUACUACUAAUUCUCACUCUGCAUCUUCAUCUUCAUCUUCAUCUUCCACAACGUUAACUUCUCAACAACAAGGGUAUAUGGGUGGAUUUUCAUUGCACUUUGGUGGUUCAUCUCCAACCUCAGAUCAUACCAACAACAUGGGAGAUUAUGAUUAUUACUAUUCAAGAGAUCGAUAGAGUACUGUUUUAAUCAUCGUUUGGGUUUUGCUUCUGCAUGCAUUUCAUUCCCUUAUAAACUUGUUUAAAACUCUUGUGGCAACUUUUUUUUUUCCUUCAAGUUUUUUGACAAUUCCAGAAUCGUUGGUUUGAUCAUUA